AGUGAUCACAUGAAGCGCAGGCAACAGCUCCCUCCUUUCAUUUCCAGUCCUCACUCCCACUUCACUUCUUGCAACUUUUGCAAACUCAUCCAAAGCAGAAGCACUUAUCCCAGACUCUGCUCUUGAUCUUGGGAGUCACUAACAGCCAAGUUCUCUGUUUUUCCUUGCUGCUGAAACUUGACUGGAUAUUCACAAGGGAGCUUUUUUGGUGCAAUAAAAGAAAAGGAAUUGAAAAUGAGUUCCUUUCUCAAGCAAGCCUCUUGUGCUCAGUUCUGUCUUGUGAUAUGUGUUUUUGAUCUGACACUGCUUGGGGACACGAUUUGGGGUCUCCCUAUGGAAGACCAAGAUUACUACCUGCAGGAGAUUAUCAACAGGGAUCAUUAUUAUUCCUUCCCUGAUCCUAAUGAGGAAUUUUCACCUUUCACAGAACAGCCAAGGGAGGAAGAAGUGGAGCCUCCCGCAGAGACCGAAGAACCCCCAAGAAUAAAACCAGUCAAGAAGGAGUUAAAAUCAAAGAAAGCCAACAAAAAAGAUAAAUCCAGUCUGGAGACCCCAUCAGCUAAAAAUGGCAACAAGAAAGGCGAGAAAAACAAGAAGAGCAGUGAAAGAACCCUAGAUGGUGACUUUGAAAGGCGAAGCACUUAUGAAGAUAGCCGAGAAAGUUGCCCUCCCUUGGGUCUGGAAACAUUAAAAAUUACUGAUUUCCAGCUCCAUGCUUCCACAGUGAAGCGAUAUGGCCUUGGGGCCCACAGAGCACGGUUGAAUAUUCAGGCAGGUGUUAAUGAAAAUGAUUUUUAUGAUGGUGCUUGGUGUGCAGGACGGAAUGAUCCUUAUCAGUGGAUUGAAGUCGAUGCUCGGAGGCUAACAAAGUUCACAGGAGUUAUCACACAGGGAAGGAAUUCUCUGUGGCUGAGUGAUUGGGUAACAUCUUAUAAAGUUAUGGUGAGCAAUGACAGCCAUGCAUGGGUGACAGUCAAAAACAUUUCUGGAGACAUGAUUUUCGAAGGCAAUAGUGAAAAGGAAAUCCCAGUCCUCAAUGAGCUGCCCGUUCCUCUUGUUGCACGUUACAUUCGGAUAAACCCUCGAACAUGGUAUGAAGAAGGAAGCAUAUGUAUGAGAAUGGAAAUCCUUGGUUGUCCUCUCCCAGACCCAAAUAAUUAUUAUCACAGAAGAAAUGAAAUGACAACGACAGACAACCUUGAUUUUAAACAUCACAACUACAAAGAAAUGAGGCAGCUGAUGAAAGUGGUGAAUGAGAUGUGUCCAAAUAUCACAAGAAUUUACAAUAUUGGAAAGAGUCACCAAGGGCUAAAGCUGUAUGCUGUUGAGAUCUCGGACAAUCCAGGAGAACACGAAGUUGGUGAACCAGAAUUUCGAUAUAUGGCAGGGGCUCAUGGGAAUGAGGUGCUUGGACGUGAGCUGUUGCUUUUCUUAAUGCAGUUUAUGUGCCAGGAAUACCUGGCUGGAAAUUCACGUAUUAUACGUCUUGUUGAGGAUACCAGAAUUCAUCUUCUUCCUUCAGUCAAUCCUGAUGGAUAUGAAAAGGCCUAUGAAGUGGGUUCAGAAUUAGGAGGCUGGUCUUUGGGUCGAUGGACUCAGGAUGGCAUCGAUAUCAACAAUAACUUCCCUGACUUGAAUACUUUGCUUUGGGAAGCUGAAGAUCGGAGGAGGAUUCAGAGAAAGGUCCCAAAUCAUCACAUUCCAAUUCCAGAAUGGUAUCUAUCUGAAAAUGCUACCGUGGCAGUUGAAACGCGAGCAGUGAUAGCGUGGAUGGAAAAAAACCCAUUUGUGCUUGGGGGUAACUUACAAGGGGGAGAACUUGUUGUUGCUUAUCCUUACGAUAUGGUCCGGUCAACAUGGAAAACUCAGGAGCAUACCCCAACUCCUGAUGAUCAUGUUUUUAGGUGGCUGGCAUAUUCCUAUGCUUCCACCCAUCGUCUAAUGACAGAUGCUCGAAGGAGGGUAUGCCAUACAGAGGACUUCCAGAAGGAAGAUGGAACUGUAAAUGGAGCUUCAUGGCAUACCGUCGCUGGAAGUAUAAAUGACUUUAGUUACCUACAUACAAAUUGUUUUGAAUUAUCCAUAUAUGUUGGAUGUGAUAAAUAUCCACAUGAAAAUGAAUUGCCAGAAGAGUGGGAAAAUAACCGGGAGUCCCUUAUUGUUUUCAUGGAACAGGUUCACCGGGGAAUUAAAGGCAUGGUGAGGGAUCUACAUGGAAAAGGAAUUCCAAAUGCCAUUAUUUCUGUAGAAGGUGUUAAUCAUGAUAUUCGCACAGCAAUUGAUGGAGAUUAUUGGCGCCUUCUCAACCCAGGAGAAUAUGUGGUCACUGCAAAGGCAGAGGGCUACACUGCCGCCACCAAGAACUGUGCUGUGGGCUAUGACAUGGGUGCAACCCGGUGCGACUUUACCAUCAGCAAAACCAACUUGGCCCGGAUCAAAGAGAUCAUGGAGAAAUUUGGAAAGCAACCCAUUAGUCUCUCACUCCGACGGUACAGACAGCAAGGAAGGCAAAGACGCCAGCAGUAUAGACGACUUUCUAGAGUGUAACAAAUGUUAUGCUAUCAUGUACUGCACCUAAACUGAAACCUACUCUAGUAGGAGAAAAAUAUAUAGGAGAUAUUUAUAAAUAUCCCUUUCUAACCAUAUUCCCAUUAGCAAUCUUGUACUGAAGAAUAUUUUUGGGACAUCACUGUUCAAUGUUUAGAUUUAUAUUCUAUUCUGAAAAUAUUGGAAAAUAAUAUUGCUGCCUAAACAGAACAUACAGAGUAGCAUUUGAGUGUGGCAUCUACACCCUUUGAGCUGGAGGGCAGACUCCAUGUAAUUGAGAGCUGGGGAAAAAUUCUGUGCAGCUAUGACAUCAGGUAAUCUGUUUCAUUAGAAACCAUUGCAUUAGAGAUGCUGUGAACAUCAGUUUUGGAUUGGGGGAUGGGAAUGAGAUUUCAUUUAACACUCAAUUUAUAUGAAUGUAAACCUUUGGGCUUGGCAACAGAAUGUGGAUUUUGGCCAAGAUAACUACCCUUUCAUCUAUUGCCUAUUAAAGUACAGCAAACCCCGAAUAAAAAGCAUCAGGGAGCAAAGAAGCAUGUGUGAAAAGAGAAUCAAUUAAAGUCACAUCUUUCUGUUAUAUAAAAGGAAACACUAGAUGAAAGGGUUCAUUCAAGGUUAUUUUUAAGGUAUCGGCUAUGUGGCUUUGAUUAGUCUACAGUGGCCUCACUUUAAAAAUUAUUUUCCCAUGGUAUGGUGAUAGCUUGGUGGUAGAUUUAUAGUUCUGCCAAAACUAAGUGAAUUUGAGUUCAUGCCUAGCAAUAACAAGCAUCCUGUUGAAUGUAUAAUAAAUGCAUCAUUCAUUGAA